AUGGGUGGAGUGACCGGCCAUCGCGAACAUACCGGUAUCAAACCCACUGUGCCAGCAAUCCCAAGCUCAAGUUACGAGCUUUUUUCUUACUCUCUGCCGAUUGCCUAUCGUGCCGGCCAGACUGAUGUUGUUGGGUACUCAGACACGAUCAUUCUUGUUGAAGCAAGCACGGCCUCUGAACCCAGACAGCCGAUCCGACCCGCCAAUAUCUCCUACUCUGCCUGGUUAGAUUUUCUAAAGUCGGAUUGUGAAUACAAUAGCUUGACAGAAGAUGUGUAUAUGCGGGACGAUCAGCAGCCGUUCGCCAGAAUGAUUAACACGUUAAAUCGCCUUCGGUACAUGCUGCUCAAGACCCAGGGACCCGUCUGUCGCUUCGAGAUCCAGUCUAAGAGCCAUCCGCAUCCAUCACAAUCGAAUCCCGCCGGCCUUUUCAGCAUCCGUGACACCUGGCCAGCAAUGAGGCGAGGCCCCCCUGAGCCGGAUUCUGGCAAAGGAAGGGGAAAACCAUGGUAA